AUGGAUGUAGCGAUCGGGCUGCUGGGGCUGCUGACGGUUCUGCUGGAGGGCAGCUCCGGGCAAGGGGUGUACGCCCCCCCCACCGUGCGGAUCGUGCACUCGGGCCUGGCGUGCAACAUCGAGGAGGAGCGCUACUCGGAGAGGGUCUACACCAUCCGUGAGGGCGAGACGCUGGAGCUGACCUGCCUGGUCACCGGCCAUCCUCGGCCACAGGUGAGCCCCCGCCGUGCCCGGUGGCAGCCUGCCACUGGUCACCGCACCUUUCCUCUGCUCUGUCUGUCUCUGAGCCUGUGCAGGUUGGUGUCAUCUUCUGCCAAGGACUAGACGGGUGCAGGGCGGUAGAGAUCAACGCAACAGGAUCCGGGGGGAAUUUGUCCAGGCUGUUGGUUUGAUACUGGCGUGUUGCAGAA